AUUUGAACUCCAGGUUUUACCCAGUUGCUGCCUCUUUCUGCUCCCAAUUUUUUGUCUUUAACUUCGUUUUUCAGGGGCCUUUCAAUGUCUAUUGUUGGAUUUUUGAUUCACAUAACUUGAGUUGGUCUUCUUGAUUUUGGGUUGCUCGAACUACUGUUCAUGUUCUUGGUUUUUCUCUGCGGCUGUGCUACUGGUUUGGGCUGUUGCUUAUGCUGGUUUGCUUUGAUGUUUGAGCAUUAUACUGAUUGAAUGUGGACUGACUCUCUGGUGCAUUUUGGUCAUACUCUUCAUUCAAUGUAUUGUUUCAUCUUCUUCAUUUGGGACUGUCCAGAGGCUGCUGCCUGUUGUGGUUUGCUUGGCAUAUGGGUAUGUGUUUUGUUUGUUGUAAGGUGAACUGUACUUGAAUUGGGGCUGGACCAUGAUUGGGAUUGGAAAUCUUUGAUUUCCGGGCUGCCAUCUUCAAACAACAGACCCUGGUGUUGGUUUGUAGUUUGCUCGCUGAACUCAAGUUUCUUGAGGGAUGGGGAUGGCACGCAUAGGUUGCUGGCAGGACAACCUUCUCCCUUGUGUACUGGAUGAUCUUCUUCUGCCUCGGUUUGGUCUACCACUGCCCAGGCCCCUCAUGUCUCUGUUUGGCAUUCAUACUUGGUGUUUAAGGCAGGUCUUGGGCAGCCUUAUUACUUGAUGUUUGUAGUGCUGAAUCAUGGGUUAAUUGAGGUUGUCUCUGGGUGGGAAAAGCUACUGGUUUGCUGAAUUUCACUUGAUGAAUUACUCUUGGCAUGGUGGCUUGGUCAUUGUCUCUGUCAACCUCUACACUGUGUGGUGAACACUAACCUGGGCUGCUGCCUUGGGUGUCUUCUUGCUCAGUUUAUGGGCUGUCAUGUGUGACUUUGGCUAAUGCUAUGGAAUGAGGUUUCAUGCUCAACUUGUGGGGGUUUAACUCCUAUGUUAUAUCUUGUUGUCUUCUUGGAAACACAAACUACUUUGAGAAGCCAUUGUUGAGUCCUAGACUCCAAUGUUUUAUCACCAUUAAAGGGACCUCGAAUUGUUGAGCCUUGUGACCUUAUGGGGAGGAGAAGGACAUAUGAAUGGCUGUUCCCACCAUUUCACCUUUGACCUUGGCUAUCUUUUUGGGCCAUGUUUUUGCAAGAGCUUUGCGAUCUCAUACCCGGUCUGAUGUGGGAUACUAGUACCAUUCGUCACGCUGUCCUUGUACGGCCGAGGCUUCCUCUGGCGAUUGGAAAUGGUGGCUCCUUGGAUUAUGGGUAAGAUAUUUCAAAAUUGGGGGUGAACUUGACGAUCCUAGCAUUGCUGAGGGAUAUGUUGAUGCAGUGGCAGGAAUUAAUGCUUGUGACCCUCCGGUUUUGGUGUCUUGAUGAUUAGCAAAGCUCUAAUGACCACGGACGCUUGAAUGUUCCAAUGAUGAAGGAUUCCAUACCUUCGGAGGAUAUUUUGAGCAAUGAUGCAUGUUGAUGAGGACAGGCCUUGAGCUCUCAAUCCGGUGGUGCUACCUUCGGAGUUUUGAUGACGACGAUCCUACCUUUUGAUGUUCCUUUGCGGAUGACGAUGCAUGAUGACGAGGAUGGGCCUUGACGAUGGUUGUUUAGCUCGUGGAUUUCAUGUGUAGUGCCUGCUGUGUUUGUGGGUUUUGGGUAGGCCUUUGCAUAGGUUUUUUGCCACAAAACCAGUGGAUGCUUGGUUUGGUUUGAGCAUGAACAGCAGCCCACUGCCAAUGGAAUGUGAUAAUGGUUUGGAAGUGCUAUGGCUGCUUGGGAUGAAACUUGAAAGUUUCCUGCACUGUAAAUGCCCAUUCUGCGCUGUUCAUCUUUGGGUGACCUUGUCCGUGACUUUGGGCAAGGUUAUGUGGGGUUGGACAGUGGCUACCUGGUGAAUGGGCUGCCUGGUCUUGGUGAACAUCCCACCCCUCACUCAACCUCCGGAAGACUCAACUAUGUCAUACCUUACUUCAUUUGCAUGAGCUGGUUUGGAGCUUCUAUUUUGCACAAUUCUGCGAACAUUGGCCCUAUGAAGUCCUACCGAUUGUUUAAGGAAUCAGUUGGUGGCUUUAAUAAUGUGGGUGCCACUGCAAUUGACUUCAAAAAUUUCAAACGAGACUUAAAGGCAUAUAUUGCAGGCGCUGAUGCUCAAAUGCUCAUUGACAAACUAUUCAGAAAGAAACAAACAUGCUCUGCAUUCCAUUUUGACUAUGAUGUUGAUGAGAGUGACCAGCUAACUAGGGUAUUCUGGUGCGAUCCUAUUGCUAAGAAGAACUACGCAAUGUUUGGAGAUGUCAUUUCAUUUGAUGCAACCUUCAACACAAAUAGAGAAGAUGUUCCUUCGUACAGAUGGUUGUUCAAUCGCUUUCUUGAUGCAAUGGGUCAUGCACCGCAAUGCAUAAUCACGGACCAAGAUGCUUCUAUGGCUAUUGCUAUUCCAGAGGUUUUCCCAAACACAGUCCAUCGUCUCUGUAUGUGGCAUAUUACCAACAAAAUUACGUCCAAAGUUGACAAUGAACUUGCAAAAGAUCAGGACUUUUUGACAAGGUUAAACUCUGUAAUAUGGAGUCAUUACCUCGAGCCUGAAGACUGCGAAAAACAAUGGCAUGAGGUAUUAGUUGAUUAUGAGCUGGAUUCUGAUUCAUGGUUUUGCAAUCUUUUUGCUAUUCGUAAAAGCUGGAUUCCCGCAUACUUUAGGGAUUUGUUCAUGAUUGGUUUACUACGCACAACAUCACGUUCUGAGAGCGAGAAUAGCUUUUUUGGUGAUUUCAAAAAUACCUUCUUCACUCUUGUCGAGUUCUAUAUGCAAUUUGAAAGUGCUAUGGACUCCCAACGACAUAAAACUGCAGACUUGGAUGCAGAUUCAGAAGCAUGCGCCCCUGUUUAUAAAACACCGCUUGCAAUUGAGAAACAUGCAGCAUCCAUCUACACUCUGAGCAUCUUCUACGAAGUACAAACAGAGAUAUGUGCAUCAUGCUUCUCGUGCAGUGUGCUACAGGUGGACAAGAAGGAGCAUACGUUAACAUUUGUUGUGCAGGAUUCCCGAGAUAUGGUUGUUAACGUUGAACAUUCAACCUUAGAAGCGAGAAAGAAGACGUGUACAUUUAUAACCGUCGCGUAACCAGACGACACGGCAGUGUAUAAGAACCACAAGUUCCCUGACUCUUAGUUUGACUAGGGUCUUGCAAAUAUUACCAAUAGAUGGUGCAAAACACCACUCCUGAAGCCACUGAUCGAUGUUUCUGGCCUGGACUUUACCUCGGAAUCAUCCGUUGACGAAAACAAAUUAAUGCUCAACCGCCUAUGGAUGCAGGUACUGGAGAACCUAACCUCUUUGAAAAUUACUGUGGUGUUCCCGCUCCAUCAGUGAUUAAAGUGCUUCCACCUCA